AUGGUGAUAUUCAGAUAUUUUUUUCCCUUGAUAGUUUUGUUGCUGAGCAGGUGUGAAAGAUCUCUCAAUGGCAAAGUGCUGGUGCUUCCUGGUGAAUACAGUCAUUGGCACAAUAUGCGUGCAAUUGUGGAGGAGCUUGUCAAUCGGAAUCACAAUGUAACUGUUCUGGUACACACAGCUUCACCUACAGUGAAACAUGCGCAAAAGGAACGCUUUGAAUACAUGGUUUUUAAAGUGAACAUGGAACAAGAAGAUGCACAGAAUAUGUGGCAGAACUUUAUCAAUGCUUGGAUGAGUCAAAAUGCAUCUACGAUUCAGACGUUGUCUUUAUUUUGGAACAUGAUGGCUGGAUUUACUAGUUAUGUUGAGGAAAUUUGCGAUGGAAUGCUCCUUGAUGAAAAACUGAUAACUUCACUUAGAGAGUCAUGCUAUGAUGUGAUUUUCUAUGAUCCAAUGAUGCCAUGCAGUGACCUGUUGGCAGAGAUGCUUGGUGUGCCCAAUGUGAUGUCUCUCAGACUCAGUUUUGCCUACACCUUUGAGCGACUCUGUGGACAGAUGCCAGCUCCACCAUCAUAUGUCCCUGCGGUCGCCACCCAAGGGCAUCUCACAGACCACAUGGACUUUGCAGAGCGAUUAGAGAACAUGCUGCUGUACAUUGCUCACACAGCUGUGUUCAGACUGCAAACAAUGUUUACAUUUGAUAAACAUUAUACCAAAUUAAUGGGCAAACCCACAACCUUGUGUGACACUGUGGGAAAGGUUGACAUCUGGUUGAUCAGAUCCUAUUGGGACUUUGAGUAUCCACGACCAUUCCUGCCAAACUUCAAGUUUGUGGGUGGGCUGCACUGCAAGCCUGCAAAGCCCCUGCCUAAAGAGAUGGAGGAGUUUGUUCAGAGCUCAGGGGAUGAUGGCAUUGUGGUGUUUUCACUGGGCUCCAUGAUAAAUAACUUCACCAAAGAGAGAGCCAACAUCAUUGCUUCAGCACUUGGGCAGAUCCCUCAAAAGGUCUUGUGGAGAUACUCAGGAGAGAAGCCAGACACUCUCACUCCUAAUACAAAAAUGUAUGACUGGAUUCCACAGAAUGAUUUACUAGGACAUCCUAAAACCAAGGCCUUCAUCACCCAUGGUGGGACUAAUGGGCUGUAUGAAGCUAUUUACCAUGGAGUCCCAAUGGUGGGUUUACCACUGUUUGCUGAUCAGCCAGAUAACAUGAACCACAUGAGAACAAAGGGAGCAGCUGUAAUGCUUGACAUCAACAAAAUGGAGGCCAAAGACCUGAAGGAGGCUCUCAUUGAUGUUAUACACAAUCCAUUGUACAAAGAGAACAUAAUGAGACUCUCCCGGAUCCACCAUGACCAACCUAUGAAGCCUCUGGACCAGGCUGUCUUCUGGAUCGAGUAUGUGAUGCGGAACAAGGGGGCCAAGCACCUGAGAGUAGAAGCCCAUAACCUCACCUGGUACCAGUACCACUGCCUGGACGUGGCUGCCUUUUUACUCUCCAUAACUGCACUGGUCAUGUUCAUCUUUGUGAAAAUGUGCAGUUGGCUCUUCCAUAAAUGUUUAAGAAAGACCACAACAAGAAAGAGCAAGAAAGAGUGA